AUCGCACCAGGGAGAGGGUAGAAAGUGGAGAACUCCACACACGGCGGAAGAAAUUAAAAAUAUAUAUUCGCCUCCUCCUCUGAUCGAUGUGUCUGCCCUAAACCCCAUUCAAUUAUCAGCUCUGUUCGUUUGUUGCUUGCAAGUUCCUUUCUUUGCCUGAAGCCUCAAAAUUGGUAAGGUUCAAGACCUCUCCUGAUCUACCGUUGUUUAAGCUUCUCCACAUAAUCCUUUUUUCGUCUUGUUUGAUUACCAAUAAACGAUUUCCGCCAUAAACAACCCCCUCACAAUCCCAACACACACACACACCCUCCCGCUCUCUCUCUCAUCUUUGGGAUUUGGAGGCGAAAGUGUCGCUUUCAGAUGACAUCCAUGCGGGUGCGUUGCGCCCAAAAAGGCGGAUAUCCGCAGCGUCAAUCUUUUCCCAGACAAUUGAACGAGAAAUACAUAUUGAUGGAUAACAAGCGGCACCAAAAGAUGACACAACGCUGCCGUUUGAGUGUUGCCGCUAAACUGGUCGGCGAAGGCACGAACACAUCCUCUAACAAAUUCGGUUUGGAUUAUUUGAUUCGUUCUGAUCAUCGUACCCGUGAUGACUGGACGGAGAUCAGCAACGCAGGCUCAAACAAAAGAACCUUUGACAAGGAGGACGCCAACUCUGAAAAACUCGACCAAUGGAUGAGAGACUCUGUUGUAGAGAUUGUGAGUAACAUUGGCGAAGCACCUUUGUUGUUGCACAUAUAUUCUGAUGAUGAAAGGAAGGAAUCUUCAUCAAAGACAUCUAAUAGAUUGGUCAUAGAGAAAGCUGUUGCCAAGAGCUGGCCUAUAAUUAAGGGAAGAUGGAAAGUGGGAAGCCCUGUUCCAAAUGGUGUUAUUUUGGUGGAAGAACUUAAAAGCAAAGAAGAUGCUGUUAGUCAUGAUGAAGAAGACAAGUGGAAUGAUGCAGACAUUAACAACCAAUUGGACUCCACAACUAAAACAUGGGGUGUGCUCAUUCAAGCUAAAGGGCUUAAUUACACUGCUUGUUACAUCCUAAGGACUUGUCGAGUUCAAACCUUUUUUGGGGUUUGCACCCACUUUUAUUUAGUAAGGGUCAAUUGCUUUGUAGAAAAUGCUGACACUCAGCUGAAGAAAAUGUGGUUGCAAAGAUGAUGCAUCUGUUUGAGGUUCAAUGUUGUGAUUCUCUUGUACAUUUUGUUUUUGGAUUCAUUCAACAUGAACACAUGAAAAUUUAUAAAAACUUCAGUUAUAUUGUUAUUC